AAGAACUCUCUCUCUCUCUUCCUAAAGCUCUCUCCUCUCUCUGUGGCCAAUCUAGCGAAAGGUAACCGUUGACAUUUGAAAUUUAGGCGAUGCAACAUGCAUUGCAGAACCCAAAUCCCACUCCAAAUGAUCACCAAACAACGACCCAUCUUCUCCAAAACCUUCUCUUCUCCCUCCUUAACACCAUCACCAUCUGCAGACAUAGAAAGCAUCUGCACUUUAAUCAAUAACCACCCUUUUCCAUUGCAACCUCUCCAACCGUCUCUCCAACUCUAUCUUCCUUCUCUCUCGACAAAUUUUGUCGAACAGGUGCUUGGCCGCCUUUUCUUGGGCCAUUGCAAUGGAUUGAAAGCCUUUGAGUUCUUCGAUUUCGCAACAAAACAACCCAAUUUCCAUAUUUCCUCAGACUCUUUUGAGAAAAUUGUUCACAUUCUCUCAAGAAUGAGAGAUUUCGACAAAGUUUGGGAUCUACUGGAAAGGACCCAUCAUAAUUUUCCCUCGCUACUCACCACCAAAUCGCUAAGCAUACUGUUAUCUCGAUACGCAAAGCAUACAUCAUUCGAAGAAACCAUCGAAGCUUUUGAGAAAAUGGGUAAAUUUUUUGGUGGGUUUAACACUGAGGCCUUCAAUGUCUUGCUCAGAGCCUUUUGUACACAAGGAGAAAUGAAAGAAGCAAGAGCUGUGUUCAAUAAGAUGUUUUCGAGGUUUUCGCCCAAUACACAGACCCUAAAUAUAUUGCUUCUUGGUUUCAAAGAGAGUGGAAAUAUCACAGCCAUGGAGCUCUUCUACCAUGAAAUAAUUAGAAGGGGUUGCACUCCAAAUAAUGUUUCUUACAAUAUAAGAAUUGAUGCUUUGUGCAAGAAAGGGCGCUCUAGAGAAGCCAUAAAACUUAGAGAAGAAAUGGAAGAGAAAAACUGUUCUCCCACAGUCGAGACUUUCACAACUCUUAUACAUGGAUUGGGUAUUUCUCAUAACCCUAAACUUGCACAAAAAGUGUUUGAUGAUAUGGUUUCAAGGGGUUUAAAUCCUGAUACAGGGGCUUACAAUGCUUUGAUAAAUGCUUAUGUGAGAGUUGGGGAUACUAAGACAGGCAGAAAACUGAUGGGAGAGAUGGAAGAGAAGGGAGUUGGAUUUGAUAAUACAACUUACCAUACCAUGUUUUGGGGCAUGAAAAAUUUCGGUGAUAUGAAGGGGAUUUAUGGGCUUUAUAAGAGAAUGGUUGAGAAUAGAUGGGUACCCAAGAUGUGCACAGUGGUUAUGUUAAUGAAGUGUUUUUGUUAUAGUGAUUGCUAUAAGAUGGGUUUGAAGCUUUGGAACUAUUUGGUUGAGAUGGGAUGUUGUCCUCAUGGCCAUGCAUUGGAUUUGUUGGUGAUGGAGUUGUGUAGAAAGGGGAAGUUAGAGGAGGCAUAUGAGUGUUGUCGACAAGUUCUAGACAGAGGUCGGCUCCCGAAAGGGCAGGCUUUUGGGGUUUUGCAGAGGCAUCUAUCUCAAGAAGGGGAAAAAGAAAUAUUGGGGGAUCUUGUUGAUACUAUGAAGAGGUUGGAGAGUGCUUUGCCUACAUCUCAGGAAUAUAUACUUGGAAGUAAUGAUAGUUCGACCUAGAAUCUUGUUCAAAAUUUUAACUUUAUUUGGUCAAGAAGAUUAUAUGAUGUGAAUCUGGAGAAAGCAGGCUUAGCAUGAAGUGUUACAGUCUCUAAUGUCCUUAUAUGACAGGUACAAUUUGUAGUGUAUGUGCCUUAAAGAGCAACUCAUUUAUCAGAUGCUUAGGAUGAAAUCAUAU